UUAAAAUGAGUGCUAUAUGAUGUUAAUUAUCAGAUCAUGGUGAUAGCUUGAAGGCUAGAAAGUCUUUUAGAAGGAUUGAGUAGCGGUAUUACCAGAGCAAUGCCGAAGGUGGUCUCGCGCUCCGUGGUGUGCUCGGACACCCGAGACCGAGAAGAGUAUGACGACGGCGAGAAACCUCUUCAUGUCUACUACUGUCUGUGCGGUCAGAUGGUGCUGGUCCUAGACUGCCAGUUAGAGAAAUUACCCAUGAGACCUCGGGACCGAGCCCGGGUAAUUGAUGCAGCCAAACAUGCUCACAAGUUCUGUAACACGGAAGAAGAGGAGAGUGUCCAUCUCCGGAGGUCUGAAGGAAUAGAACGGCAAUUCCGGAAGAAGUGUGCAAAGUGCGGCUUGCGGCUCUUUUACCAGCACCAGCAGAAAAAUGCUCCAGUGACCUUUAUCGUGGAUGGAGCAGUUGUCAAGUUUGGACAAGGCUUUGGGAAAACCAACAUAUACAGUCAAAAACAAGAGCCUCCUAAGAAGGUAAUGAUGACUAAGCGUACCAAGGACAUGGGCAAAUUCAGUUCUGUCACUGUCUCGACCAUUGAUGAAGAGGAGGAGGAGAUUGAGGCUAGAGAAAUUGCUGAUUCAUACGCACAGAACGCCAAAGUGAUUGAAAAACAGCUGGAGCGGAAAGGCAUGAGCAAGAGACGGCUUCAGGAGCUGGCUGAGCUAGAAGCAAAGAAAGCCAAGAUGAAAGGGACCUUGAUUGACAACCAAUUUAAAUGAUGGCAGACCUCGCUUGGGGCCAGUCACAAACAUCCUGGACGUGGUCCCCACCAUGACCCUCCAAAAAAAAAAAUGGAUCCUGGUCUCUAAAAUUUAGAGUUCUCUCUGCCUUUCUGUGCUCUCCUAGGUAAUCUAAAGAUACUAAUCCUAUCCUAGAGAAGAACUUUUAACAUCUUGUUCUGCUUGUUUUUCUAGACUUUGUUGUUAUUGUUGUUGUUGUUGUUAUUCAGUGGGUGUUUUACUUACAUUUCUCUUCUGGUAUUAUGGGAAUAGAGAACAAUAUCUGAAUUUUUUUUUUCUUUGAACAUAAUCAUUUUUCUUUUCUUCCUUUGAACUUAAUUCAAAAUAAAAGUCUUUGGAAAAACUAAAAAAAAAAAAAAAAAAAAGAA